AUGGCAGAUGACCCCAAUGCUGUGGAUAGGAAUGUGGAGAUCUGGAAGAUCAAGAAGCUGAUUAAGAGCUUGGAGGCAGCCCCCAGGGGCAAUGGCACAAGCAUGGUAUCAUUGAUCAUUCCUUCCAAAGACCAGAUUUCAUGAGUGGCAAAAAUGUUAGCAGAUGAGUUUGGAACUGUGUCUAACAUUAAGUCACGAGUAAACCGCCUUUCGGUCCUGGGAGCCAUUACAUCUGUACAACAAAGACUCAAACUUUAUAACCAAGUACCUCCAAAUGGCCUGGUUGUGCACUGUGGUAUAAUUGUAACAGAAGAAGGAAAGGAAAAGAAAGUCAACAUUGACUUUGAACCUUUCAAACCAAUUAAUAAUGCAGCAUUGUAUCUGUGUGACAACAAAUUCCAUACAGAGGUUCUUACAGCACUACUUUCAGAUGACAGCCAAUUUGGCUUCAUUGUAAUGGAUGGUAGUGGUGCACUUUUUGGCACACUCCAAGGAAACACGAGAGAAGUCCUGCACAAAUCCACUGUAGAUCUCCCAAAGAAACAUGGUAGAGGUCAGUCAGCCUUGCGUUUUGUCCGUUUAAGAAUGGAAAAGCGACAUAACUAUGUUCGGAAAGUAGCUGAGACUGCUGAGCAGCUGUUCAUUUCUGGGGACAAAGUGAAUGUGGCUGGUCUCAUUUUAGCUGGAUCUGCUGACUUUAAAACUGAACUAAGUCAAUCUGAUAUGUUUGAUCAGAGUUUGCAAUCAAAAGUUUUAAAAUUAAUUGAUAUAUCCUAUGGUGGUGAAAAUGGAUUCAACCAAGCUAUUGAGUUAUCUACUGAAGUCCUCUCCAACGUAAAAUUCAUUCAAGAGAAGAAAUUCAUAGGAUGAUACUUUGAUGAAAUCAGCCAGGACACGGGCAAGUACUGUUGUGGAGUUGAAGAUACACUAAAGGCUGUAGAAAUUCUAAUAGUCUAUGAAAAUCUGGAUAUAAUGAGAUGCAUCCUUCAUUGCCAAGGCACAGAAGAGGAGAAAAUUCUCUAUAUAACUCCAGAACAGGUGAAGGAUAAAUCUCAUUUCCCAGACAAAGAGACAGAACAAGAACAUGAACUAAUUGAGAGCAUGUCCUUGCUGGAGAGGUUUGCUAAUAACCAUAAAAAAUUUGGAGCUACAUUGAAAGUUGCCACAGUUAAGUCACAAGAAGGAUCCCAAUGUGUGAAAGGAAUUGGAGGUAUCUGGCGGUACUGUGUAGAUUUCCAGGGAAUGGAAUACCAAGGAAAAGACCACAACUUUUUUUUAUCUCAAUGA